AUGCUAACUGGUGUCCGCGAAAAGGUCAAGGUAUUGCUGGUCCUAUACGACGGUGGCAAGCACGCCGAGGAGGUCCCCGAGCUUCUCGGCACCAUCCAGAACGAACUCGGCAUCCGGAAAUGGCUGGAGGACCAGGGCCACACCCUCGUCACCACCUCCGACAAGGAGGGCGAGAACUCCACCUUCGACAAGGAGCUGGUCGACGCUGAGAUCAUCAUCACCACACCCUUCCACCCCGGUUACCUGACCGCAGAGCGCCUCGCCAAGGCCAAGAACCUCAAGCUUGCCAUCACAGCCGGCAUUGGCUCUGACCAUGUCGACCUAGACGCAGCCAACAAGACUAACGGCGGUAUCACCGUCGCUGAGGUCACAGGCUCCAACGUCGUGUCCGUAGCCGAACACGUCGUCAUGACCAUCCUGGUGCUUGUCCGCAACUUCGUGCCCGCACACGAGCAGAUUCAGGCCGGUGACUGGGACGUCGCCGCCGCUGCCAAGAACGAGUACGAUCUCGAGGGCAAGGUUGUCGGCACCGUCGCCGUCGGCCGUAUUGGCGAGCGUGUGCUGCGUCGCCUCAAGCCCUUCGACUGCAAGGAGCUGCUGUACUACGACUACCAGCCCCUGAGCCCCGAGAAGGAGGCCGAGAUUGGCUGCCGCCGCGUCGAGAGCCUCGAGGAGAUGCUUGCCCAGUGCGAUGUCGUCACCAUCAACUGCCCGCUGCACGAGAAGACCCGCGGUCUGUUCAACAAGGACCUCAUCGCCAAGAUGAAGCCUGGCUCAUGGCUCGUCAACACCGCCCGUGGCGCCAUCGUCGUCAAGGAGGACGUCGCCGAGGCCCUCAAGAGCGGCCACCUCCGCGGCUACGGCGGUGACGUCUGGUUCCCCCAGCCCGCGCCGAAGGAGCACCCGCUCCGCUACGCCAAGAACCCCUUCGGCGGCGGCAACGCCAUGGUCCCCCACAUGUCCGGCACCUCGCUCGACGCCCAGAAGCGCUACGCCCAGGGCACAAAGGCCAUCCUCGAGAGCUACCUGACCGGCAAGCACGACUACCGCCCCGAGGACCUCAUCAUCCACCAGGGCGACUACGCCACCAAGGCGUACGGCCAGCGCGCCAAGAAAUAG